AUGCCGCAGAAGAUGAUCGUUGAGGAAAGGCUGAGGUCGUUAGUUGAGACAGAUGUCAACCCACCAGACCGCUGGAUUGCCAGUCAGCUUUUCCGUCUGCGAAAAAGCGCUUCUAACACGCACGGGGUGCUCGAGUAUGCCGAAAGGAAGCCAGACGGCUCCCAUGGCGAGUGGCAAGUGGUGAUUGACAUCGCUGAAUUGAGCCACACCGAGAAUAAAAAGUAUGUUUUUGUCGACUUCGACAUUCAGAGCCGUGUUUUGGGGCCUGAUGCAUCACGUAUCCUUCUCUACCUAUCUGAUGGUGGCUCGGACUUGGUCUCGCUCGUCGAAGUCGACGUCAAAAAAGGUGGACUGGUACCAGGCGGGUUCCGCGCGGACCCUGACCGUCUUGCCGCCGCCUGGUUGGACAAGGAUCACAUCUUGAUACAGCAGUCUCUCACUAACGGGCUCAAAACGGUGGCAGGAAUGCCACGCACAGCAUUUAUUUGGAAACGUGGAACGGACCUGCAGGAUGCCAAAGCUGUUUAUACAGCGCCAGCAACCGAUGCGAUUAGCCUAGUUACGUCUGUCGGCCCAACAGAGAAUGGUCGUGCCUUGAUCACUCGUGCUGUUGAUUACACAACUUGGAUUCAUUACGCCGUCUUUCUGGAUGGAACAGUUGAGGAGCUGCGUCUUCCAUCGAAACAGUGUCUUUUGGUGCCUCCUAGGACUACUUCUGAGCACUUGGUUGUCUCACUGGUAGAAAAGGCAGUCAUCCGCGGUGUAGAAGUACCAGGGGGAUCAAUCGUGGCAUGCUCGAUCGACCCAGAUGUGCCUGUCGACGAAAGGGCUAGCGUAGUCUAUGUUCCUGAAGAGGGCGAGUUCACCCCCAAUAUCGUUGCGGACGGCUUGCAAGCCAGCCAGUCAAGAGUCCAGCUCACUGUGACUAAGAACGGAAAAGAACGGCGUUUGAUCAUGGAGCAUCACAACCAGACAUGGAAGCUCGUACGAAGUGUGCCAACUGCUCCGGGAUCACACAUCUCUCUGACCUCCGGCGACUACUAUAGCAACGACUUCAUCAUGAGCGAGUCCGGACUGCUGCACCCAAUCGUCUCCUGGUUGGAAAGAGCAGACGGAAGACGGGAUGAAUUCUACGCCCAGCCGGCCGCAUUUGACGCGAGCGGAUUCACGUUGGAUGUUCAGGUCGCCAACAGUAAAGACGGCACGCCGGUAGACUAUGUAGUUCUGGCGCCGAAAGAAUCCAAGCAUCAGCCAGGGGAACUGCCGGUGCUGAUUACCGGGUACGGCGUGAUGGGGAUUUCCAUCUUGACGAGGUAUCUGGAACCCAUGUUUGGAGGCAUUUCUCUGGUGCCUUGGCUCGAGAGUGGUGGCGCAUUGGUGGUUGCGUUGAUUCGAGGGGGCGGAGAACGAGGACCAGAUUGGCACAAGGACGCUCAGAGGGAGAAGCGCCAGAACUCCUAUGAUGACUUCAUUGCCAUUUCGGAAAAACUAAUCAAGGACGGAGUGACUACUUCCAAGCACCUUGGCGUGUUUGGAGUUUCUGGUGGUGGUCUCCUUGCCGCCGUUGUUGGGAUUCAGCGUCCGGAUCUUUAUGGUGCCGUGGUCAGCGAUGUACCCAUAACUGACAUGUUGAGAUACCCGACGAUGGGUAUGGGAGGCGCUUGGAUGCGCGAAUUCGGAGAUCCUAAGGACCCGAAGAUGGCCAAGGCGCUCAGGGGGUACUCGCCCUUCCACAAUGUAAAGGAGGGCGUGGAAUAUCCCCCCUUCCUUGUCACAGUGUCAACGAAAGAUGAUCGAGUUGGUGUAGGUCAUUCGCGAAAGCUAGUGGCGAAGAUGAAAGAUGCCGGGGUGUCCAAUGUGUUCUUAUACGAGGAUGAAGACGGAGGACACAACGUCAGCGAUCCUUUCAAGAAUGCCGGCAUGAUGAGCAGACGUGUCACCUUUCUCAUUGAUUCUCUUCAGUAG